GUACAGGUGUUUAUGAGUUCAGAAAAUUGACCCUGCUUGGAUUUGAUACUGCAGAUCAGGAGAUUAAAACCCUGCUGGGAUUAGGAUUGAAGGUUGGAGAUGCUAAUGAAAAGUAUGAAGGAGUUGAAAUACCAAACAUUUCUCCAUUCAAGUUAAUGAGACAUCUAGCGAAGGAAUUUGGAUAUAAACCUUGUGUUCCUGUGUGCAGUGAUCUACCAGGAGACAGGAAGAGUUUGAUUUGGACAAUGGUCGGAGGCGAGGGAUUGGAGGCCAUCGGAGUCAUCGGAGAUAUUAAGAGAGAAAGUGAGGGUGAGUACAUAAUACCAACCUGUACAGUUUUCGGAUUAGAUAAGGAGGAAAUAUCUGCUCUACUGGGAAAGGGAGUCAGUUUUAUCAAAGAUGAGAACCCUGAGAAGUAA